UUUGUGCACUUUUAUACAUAUAUGCUGGGUUUCUAGUUUGUAGAUCAUUCUAGAUAUACCGGCUGUGGAUGAUCCGUAUACUAUCUACAUAUAGUAAUAAGAAUCAUGGAGUGAUUUCAACCCGGAAUGGUUAGCUUUACCGGUGAUGGGCCUCGCUACGCCAUGUGCCACGUGGAGACGUGAAACGGUAGUAAGAUAUAAAAGAGAUGAGCGGGCAAUAUUAGGUACUUUUUAGAACAAAUUGCCGAGAAUGGUGAAGGAGUAUAAUUUAUAUAAAGUCGACUGCCUUUCCGACAGCUCGGGCUUGUGACGCCUAUGACUCUAACACCUUAACGACGACCACAUUCGAAAUGGAGGCCAUCCAGCGUGUUAUCCCCCAGGGGUUACCAGUAUCUAUACAGGUGGUUAUUGCCACCCUGGCACUUGGCUUUAUCUACUCGCUAGUCACCGCAGACCGACCUUUUGCUGGAUUUCCAGUUAUAACAGUUGACGGACAUAGUCCAAAGAAAACUUGGUUAUGGCACGGCGGGAAGGCCGUAGCCGAAGGCGUGAAACGGUUUUCUGGGCCGUUUCAAGUCAUCACAGGGACGGGUCCAAAAAUUAUCGUACCGAAUAGAUUCGCCGACGAACUUCGCAACCACCCCUCGCUAGACUUCAACAAAGCAUUUGCUAAAGAUUUUAUGGUGAAUUAUCCAGGCUUUGAGGCUCACCGUCUAGGCCUACACGAUGGGCAUCUGAUUCAGGAAACGGUACGGGUGAAGUUAACCCAGUCACUCAACUUGAUUACGGAAGACCUUGUAGAUGAGACAACGGCGUCGCUCCACGAUGUAUUUGGUGAUAACAAGGAAUGGACCACCAGGUACAUCAGAGAUGAUAUGCUCGAAAUAGUCGCUCGUCUUUCAUCGAGGGUAUUCUUGGGAAGGGAGCUGUGCCGAAACCGGAGAUGGCUUGAUAUCUCCAAGUCGUAUACUGUCGACUCGUUUCUCGUCUCGCGUCUAAUGAGAGCUGUCCCUUCGUUUCUACGUCCUCUCGCUUAUAUACUGAUCCCACAGUCGAGGUCCCUUCGGAACGCUGUCAGAGACGCACGAAAGCUUAUCACCCCCGAGGUGGAACGCCGCAAAGCUGUAGUCGACGCAGCACGUGCAGCGGGCGAGAAGCCGCCGAAGGUUGCGGACACGAUCGGUUGGAUGUAUGAAGUGGCUCAAGGCCGAGAUGCCGACUACGUCGCGGGACAGCUUUCACUAACAAUGGCUGCUAUUCACACGACCACGGAGGCAACUUGUGCAGCACUGCUUGACAUCUGCCAAUAUCCCGAUGUGGCUCAGCAACUUCGACAGGAAAUCAUCGAGGUUAUUGGCGAGAAUGGAUGGGCAAAGACUUCUCUAUAUAAGCUCAAGCUUAUGGAUAGCUUCCUCAAGGAGGGGCAGCGACUCACACCUAUGGGUGCAACUACUAUGCAUCGAUACGUAGAGAAGGACGUGAAACUUUCUGAUGGAAGCGUGUUGCCGAAGGGUGCCCGCAUCGUAGUUGCGGGCAACUUCAUGGACCCGACGAUCUAUCCCGAGCCCGAGAAAUUUGAUGCCGCCCGGUUCCUCAAGAUGAGACAACAGCCCGGCCAAGAGAACAGUUGGCAGUUCGUGACCACCAGUCCGGCACACACUCUUUUCGGCCACGGUCAGCACGCAUGUCCUGGACGCUUCUUCGCAUCCAACGAAGUAAAGAUUGCGCUGUGCCAUUUAUUGCUGAAGUACGAUUGGCGGUUCAUUCCGGAGGAAGGUCGACCUGCCCCGCGUGUCUUCGAGGGUGUUAACGCCGUUGACCAAAAGGCGAGAAUCCAAGUGCGGAGGAGGAACGCCGAGAUUGACCUUGAUGACUAUUGAACGGAUGAUUCUGUGGAAUACCGCAUUCCGUCGAACUGUUUCUAGAUUGUUUGUACCCUUGAAAGUAGAACCAGUUGUUUCUGAGAGCUUAGUGCCGCCAUAGAUGCCCCCUAACACAACCAGGUGCGCCAUUAACACCCACGUAUCAUAUAAUUUAUUCCCAUA